AUGAGGUUCGCUUUCGUCAUCACAAUCUUGGUCGCCAGUGCUUCUGCAGCAAGCCUGCAACCCCGUCAAAGGGGUCGUGGCAAGGGCCGAAAGGGAAAGGGAGCUGGCGCUGCCGUCGGUGCAGGAGCCGCAGGAGGAGCUGCCGCCGGGGCCGCGACUGGGGCCGCGACUGGAUCCGCCGCAGGAGGGAACACGGCGGCUGCUGGAGCUGUCCAGAGGGGAGCGUCCACGCUGGUGUUCAAGGAAGACGGAGGUGUCCCUGGAAACGAGUGCCUCACCUUCCGCAACAACGGUGAAAUCGUCGAUGCGGCUUGCGUCAACGAGGCUGCCGACCGGCAAAUAACCCCGUCUACGCUCAACGGAGCCGACGUGCUCCUCGUGCAGCGGUCAUUCACCGCCGGCUUCCGGCCCGACCUGGUCGGUGUCCAGGCCUGCGUCGGCUUCAACGGUACGACCUUCCGUGCCGAGGACUGCGCCGCCAACGGCAUCGAGCUGGUCAGCUUCAACCAGGCCACGAGCCAGCUGGUUGCCACGGGUGGAGCGUGCCAGAGCGGGCAUGACGGCGCUGCUCAGCUUACUGUUGAUGAAACUGGCCAGAACUGUGCCACUCUCACCACGACCACUGUCACGCCCACAGCCCCUGAAUAA